ACUUUGAUGACUUUUGGACUUUUGCUUUUGUUACGAGCACUAACAAAAAAGAGAAAAGUAGAAAGAAAAAAUACUCUCUGGACCUACCGAAAGUCUUUUGUCUGGUCACCUCCACUGUGAUGGGAAACGAAGAAGAACACCAAGAGGAAGUUAAGGAAUCAAAAGAAGACCAUGAUGAUGAUGAUGACAACAGUGACACAGAAGAUGAAGAAGAAGAAGAAGAAGCAGAGAUAUGGAAGAAACACUACUCAUCGAAGCAAAGAAUAUUGUUGGUUGGAGAGGGAGACUUGUCUUUCUCUCUGUGCUUAGCCAGAGCUUUUGGCUCUGCCCGCAACAUAGUUGCCACUUCUCUCGAUACCCAAGAGGAUAUAGCAAGGAAGUACAGUAAUGGUAUAGGGAAUGUUAGGGAGCUGGAAGAAAGAGGUUGCUUAGUAUUGCAUAAAGUUGAUGCAAAGCAGAUGAGCCAGCACUACUUCCUCAAGACUCAGAGAUUUGAUAGGAUCGUCUACAAUUUACCUCAUGUUGGAUUUCUCUAUCGUGAGAGUAGCUACUGCCAGAUCCAGUUGAACAAGAGAUUGGUAAAGGGAUUUUUGAAGAAUGCUAAAGUUCUCCUACAGAAAGAAGGGGAGAUUCAUGUGACACACAAGGAGGGUGACCCUUACAACAAAUGGGAUUUAGUUAGGAAAGCAGAGAAGAUAGGCCUCGUUUUGCAUGAUGUUGUGCCCUUCUGCAAGGAUGAUUAUCCUGGUUAUUGCAAUAAGAGAGCCCAUGGUAGCUCUUCCGAUGAUCAGUUCCGCCUUGGGGAUUGCAGUACUUAUAAGUUCCGGUUCAAUCACUCCCCUUAGUUUGUUUAGAAUGGCUUGUUAAAAUUGUACAUUUUAUUGAAUCAUGUCUGCAGCGUCAGAAACUUGGACUAUGUAGAAGUGUCAAUGUUCUCUUCAUGGACUUUAGAACCAAUGUUUAUGAACAUUAGAGGAUGCCUUUCAAUGGAAACUGAGCUCUUCUGAUGCUCAGUUUCACCUUGGGGAUUCCAGUACUUAUAAGUUCUGGUUCAAUCACUCCUCUAUAAGUUCUGGUUCAAUCACUCCCCUUAGUUUGUUUAGAAUGGCUUGUUAAAAAUGUACAUUUUAUUGGAUCGUGUCUGCAACAUCAAAGGCUUGGACUUUUUAGAAGUGUUAAUGUUCUCUUUGUGGACUUGGCACAUAUUUAGAAAUAAUGUUUGUGAAUAUUAGGAUUUUCCUUUCAAUGGAAUUGAAAGAGUGAAUUGUUCUUUCGGUUGAAA